CUCCAACUCCACAGAUUUCGAAUACUCAACGAUACUUCUAGCGACAUCUGGUGGAGGAAUCUGAAAAUUUAUUCGUAAGUUUAGUCUCGCGACGAAGGGGAGAUCGAUUCCGCUUGAUUCCGUAAUUGAAAUUCUUGCGUUCCCUCCAUUUCGUCGUUACGCUUCGGCCGUCCUCGGUUAUAUGCCGAUUGAACGAGAGCGGCGGUGUAGCGGUGUUCGAGUAGCGCAGAGUAGCGGCAGAGUGACGGGCGCCGAUUGGCUGACGCAGCUCGCGCCGCCGAGAGACCGGCCAAUCACGGCGCGCGCCGCUACGGCCCGUAGGGCGCAACAGUCCACAACAGUCUCCGUGGAAAGCACCGUCUCCUGGGGUGCCUGUCUGACACGCGUUAUGUGCUCGAUGCCAGGAUUUUCGUCGCAGCUGGCCGGAUGACAACGACGUAACAUCAUGGCGGAUAACGAUAAGAAGCCGAUGUCACGUUUAAUGAAACUCGCCAAUAAGUUCAAUUGCUUCUACCUGUCAGGUUUACAUGCAGGAGAAUGCAGAGCUUUUGUUGUCGAUGGACAGCAAAUCGGACUUGUUCGUCCAGAUGUGAUGAAAGAAAUAUUAAAUCAUCCUCAAGUAUUUCAAGUACAUCCCGAAUAUGUGCAAUUAAAUCCAGCCUUUCGGGAUUAUGCUGAAAGAAGUGCACGCGUCGAUGAAGUAUUAAGGGAAUGGAUGGCCGGUGGGAAGUUUGUAACAUUACGAGGCUGGAGAGAGGAAUGCUAUGAAGUGCGUUCACAAUUUAAUACGCUACCAUUGUUUAAGAUGGAUCGUUCGGCUACAUGUCUAUUUGGAAUUCGAAAAUACGGAGUGGAUAUAAACGGCUAUGUAAUGGAUCCUGUCAAGGGCUUGUCAAUAUGGUUACAAAAGCGUAGUCCGAAUAAACAGACAUGGCCGGCGUAUUGGGAUAGUAUGGUGAGUGGUGGAUUGAGUGUUGGUUAUGGUAUAAAUGAAACCGCGAUAAAAGAAGCUGGUGAAGAAGCUGGUAUUCCGAAUCAUCUCAUUGCUAAGCUUAAGAGCGCUGGCUGCGUAUCGUUCUUCUUUGAAAGUGAGAGGGGUCUGUUUCCCAACACGGAAUUUGUAUAUGAUCUUGAACUGCCGCCCGACUUUGUACCGAACAAUAGUGAUGGAGAAGUAGAGACCUUCGAAUUACUCCCCGUUAGUGAAUGCUUAGAGAGGAUACUUUCCCCACAUUUCAAAACCACUUCUGUACCAGUUGCCCUUGACUUCUUAAUUAGACACGGAUACAUUACAGCAGAGAACGAGCCUAACUUUAUACAGAUUGUGGAGUUACUUCAUGUACCUCUGCAGACUAUGUACAAUCAUCGACACAAAGCUAGUAAUAGAAUGGCUAAUGGUGAAGCGAUCGAUGCUUUAGAAAAAGUUUAAGUUUCGCUAGGCUUUUAAUUUAUACUGUGCUAAUGGCUAUGAAUUGAAUGAAAUGAAUGACGUUCCUUUUCUAUGUUUCUUCAUUGGACAAGUAUUGAAAAAUCUCAUAUUACAUACAGUCGUACACAUGUAAGACGUAAACAGCUUUUUUAUAAUUGAUAAAGAUCAUAAUUUAUAAAGAGGACUACAUGAAUUUAUAGAUAAAACACACUUCUAUUG